AACGAUGAGGUUGGGUUUAUAAUGCACACAGCAGGAGCUGUAAUGUUCUGCCAGUCUCUCUGAGUGUGUGCUGACGGCUGCUUUAACACACACCCCACACUUCCUUGUGUGAUCAUUAAUUUUUAAUCUACGGUAACUCCAAUAACUGCUUUGUUUCCCAGCUGCUCCAAUUUUUGUCUGCAAUCAAAGGUUGAUUCUAGGCGGGUCCUUUAUAACAGGAACUUCGUGUUCAACCAGUCGGAGCAGCCAAGGAUGGCUAGUCUUUCUCUUCCCGGCAUUGAGGAAGCUCCACGCGUAGAGGGCUACAACGACUAACGACUGCGCUACCACAGAGAUACAUCAUGCCGGCUGUUAAAAUGGGAGGACGAUACUUGAAGACAAGCCAGGCAAUGAAAGGGAUUCUUCAGUAUGCCGGUGGCCUGCUCGUCUUCCUCCUUGUUGCCCUCGUCAUCCUCAAGAACACUUCCUACAGCAUCACGCUAGACGGUGAUUAUCUGAAGCCUAAGGAGGUUCCGGCUACACCAUCUCAAAGUAAAGUGAGGUCCUGCGGUCUGAAGGUCUGUCCAGCUGGAACCUUCAGCUUCUCCAUCUCCAGCGGAGCGGCCAACGUCGUCGCGCCUAAGAUCUGCAUCCAGAACAGAAUGGUUCUCGGCUCCGUCCAGAACAACGCUGGAGUGGGGCUCAACCUGGUGGUUCUAAACGGCAGGACUUUGCAGGUGGUCAAGCUUGGACACUAUGACAUGUAUAGUGGAGACAUUCAACCUCUCAUCGAGGUCCUCCAGGGGCUCGAGAAGGGGAACAUCGUCCUGAUGGCCAGCUACGACGAACCAGCCACCAAGUUAACAGCCGAGGCCAGGAGUUUGAUAGAGGGACUAGGCAGCACUUCGAUCAAGGUGCUGGGGUUCCGGGACGUCUGGGUGUUUGUUGGAGGAAAAGGAGAUGUAGCCAAAGGUACAUUUGAAAAGCACAUGAAGAACAACCAAGAGACAAAUAAGUACGACGGCUGGCCGGAGAUGCUCCAGAUGGAUGGCUGUAUUCCUCUGUUCCAUGAAUAGAAGAACAUUUCUCAAUGAAACGAGAACAUUAUUCAAUGUUUAGUAUCUGUAAAUUAAGUCAGGGGGGAGCUAUGGUAUGGAGGAAUGUGAAUCAGUCUGCUUUUGGAUAUAGUUGAAGUCGAUAAUUAAAGGGGCAAUGUUGGCUUACUUAUGGAAAUUCCUAUUGGAUAAAAAUGUUUUGUUUAAUUCCAAGUAUUUAUUGGAUGUAAAAUGUUUUUCAUAUAUGUACUGAGCUAGGCUCAAUUGAAAAUGUAUUUGUAUUGGUGCUUGAGGCUAAAGGAUUAUAUGAAUAAUUUGUUUAUA